AAACCCAUAAAUACACAAUUUUAAAAGACGUGGUUUGAGCUUGAAUUGAAUGGGCUGUCAUUUAUAGUGCGUAAGUAGGCGCAUAAUUUUAGUUGUGUAGAAGAGAAAAUACAUCGCUUUUGAAACAUGCUUCUAAGCCGCAAAGCUUGAAGAAUAAUGACUUCAGAGUUGGAAAAAGCCCUGGAUGAUGCAUUCAAUAGCAGAGACGUUUCAGCUCUGAACAGAUUCCUGCGAAGGACUACCAAUGAAGCUACGACCAUAAAAUGUCCCCAACAAUUUCUUAACAAACUGGAUACACUUAUCACAGAGAGCUUGGAUCAAAAAGACUCCAACACAGCCUGUGGUGGUCUUGCAAUCCUACACAAGUGUGGGGGGAACCUUAGAUUACCCGAUGGAGGUCAAGGACUGUCAGGAAUAAUAGCUCAAGGCCUGAUGAAAAAGAUGGUUCAGUGGUUUGAGAAAUGCAAGAAACUGUGGAUUCAAUGCAAGCCACAGUGGGACGAGUCUUUGUCCAGACUUUCUGAAGACUUCUUUGAUGCUGUAAUGGUGGUCCAUGAAGCGUCCCAACAAGCGGCUUAUGGAAUGACCGAGUCCUUCCUGUAUCCUAUUGGCCACCUGGUAGUCGAUGCCAGAAUUUACAUCAUCAUCAAGAAGGAGGCAAUCCGUAAAUUUAACAUGUUUCUGGAAAAAAUCCCGGUGGGAUUGAAGAAAGAAAAGAAGAUUCUGAGCUCACAGGAGGCCUCAGAUAUUAUGACCAAGUUGGCCGGUCAGAUAUCACAUUGCGGGGAUUAUGAUUUUCAGAUCGCUCUGAUUGAGGCAUUGUUCCGAAUGACCACUCCCGACCAGAGAAUGGAACUCACGGAUCACUGGUUCAGCAUGGCUCAUGUGGCUGGUGCUUUUGUCCAGAUCCAAGUUUCCGAGUUUGAGGCGGAUUGUCGCAGGUUUCUGAACUUUGUGAAUGGAAUACAAGGAGACAGGAGAAGAGUUCAUUCCUUCCCGUGUUUGAAGGUUUAUUUGGACAAGUUUGAGCUGUUGAUGCCUGCGGAUGAUAAGAUGAACGAAUUCUGGAUUGACUUCAACCUUGGCAGCCAAUGCAUCUCUUUUUACUUCUCCAAUGCUGACGAUAAGUCUCAGAUAGGCCUGUGGGAUACAAUUUGCAUCAGUGACAAGGAAGUCCAAAGUUACACUGUUACAGAGAGGGGAAAGAGACAAGUUCUAAAGUUGCAGCUGACAGAAGUGGUUGUGGCCGGUGUGAUCGAAGGAUCAAGUCUUGUUGUCCACUUCAGCUCUGCCUUGGACAUCAUGCAAACUGUUGGUUACGUCUAUGGAAGCAAAAAGAACAAAACCAUGGCAGUAAAGACAUCUGUUGCAGAGACCACAGUAAAUGUUAUCAUGGAGGGCAACUCCCAGGCCGUUGUUCCAGAGAGUCAGCUGUCCCCUGGUGACAGCGACAAAAACAACGCCUCCUGCCUUUUGCGUGUGCGGCCUCCAUCAGCGCAGGCGAAAGACUUUUGUUGUACCUCAUCUAGUACUCCAUAUAAAUUGUCUACUUCCUGGUUUUCUGCCCCCACAAAGAUGAGGAUUUCAGAGUCAACCAUCUUCAUCAACAGCAGUUCCAAAGGGAGUGUACAUGGUGGAAGUGUCCUUUCAGGUGGAAUACCUUCAAGUACAGGGAAACCAUCUCUGGAGAUGUUACCUGCUUCUGAUAGAAAGAGAGAAAAUAACCUAGCAGAAGAAAAGCCUUCUGAUGAAACCUUCAGCCGCAGCAAUUCACGUAACAGCACAGAAUCAGGUGGCACAAGAAAACGGAACAUACCAGUGAUAGCAACAGGAAUGAUGCAAGCAGGACAGGGCACAGAACAGUCUCAGGAAGAUUGUUUUGUGCCGGACACCCAGCCUCUAACUGAAAGAAAUGAGUCUCACUGGAGGAAAAUGUCAGUUUCAGAUAUUCUCAAGAUGCCUACACAAAAAAUGUGUCAUCUGCCAAAUCCCGAGCUAUGUUCCGAUUUGCCAAAGAACCAGAGGUGCCCCUCAUCUGCUCCAAAGAUUCCAGACCCAGCUAGUAUAAAGCAGUUUCAUACCCACGCCGCCCAGCAGCCAAAAGAGGUCAUCAGUCGGAAAAACCCUGAAAACCCUGAUUUUGGGCCAAAGGAAGCUACCAUAGCCAUGGCAUUAAGGUCUGAUGGAAAGGGCUCCACAGGAAAACACAAUGGGGACUCAUCUGCUUCCAAACUGCGCAAAGACGUUCUUGUUGAAGGAAAAGACCCGGACAAUGAAAAGCGCAGAGGCAAGCUAUUAUUGGUAACAGAUGUCCUGCCAGUCAAAGCUCCAAUCAAGGCAUCCAUAUACAACCAGGAGAGAACACCAAACAAGAGAAAUGCAAAGGUUGCAGAGAACAUGGUGGAACUCAUCUCAAGGCAUUAUACCAGGAACAACCAAACCAAAGAAAAAGUUGGAACUGUUCCUCACCGCUGGAUUCCAUUCAAUGUUAACAGGCAACUCUUUAAUAUGAGCUGCGUUCCAUCUGGUAAAAAAAAUGUUGAAGGACGAGAUGGAACCAAGUCCCACAGUAGAGAUGAAUCAAAUUCUACUAAUCAGAGGAAAGAUGUGUUUUCAUUUAGUACCGAUGAACCAUUCGGUGCAGGGGGAAGAGACAAAAUACUCAUUGACAAAUCUACAAUAUCAAACAAAAGCCUUCAUGACUCCUCAGUGCACCUUAAAACAACUGGGAAAAGACAAUCCGCAGCAAAACUGAAGAAGAAGCAGCUGUUCAGUGAUGCAGACAUAGACUAUGGCACCACCGAUGUCAGCUGGCUGAGAGAGUCGAGCAAGAAGCCAAAAAUAAUUACUUAUGGCCGAAAGAAACCAAUCACAACCAAAGCAUUCCAGCCAUAUGAAUCCCCGAUUUUACCCCCAUCCUCCCCAAAACCUGCUAAAAGAAAUCCAAGACUCAACAAGAACGUACCUAAUUUGAGGAAGAUGGAACAACCAAACAUUGUGAAGAAACCCGUGGCAGCACCUGGCAGACCAUGCAGUGCUAGAAAGCGACCUCAGCGAGCUGCAGCCUCUGCUAAGAACUACAAGGAGCCAGACACGGAUGAGAGCCAGUCAGAAUUUGACAAACCUUUAACAACCGCGAUACACAAAGUUAUUGUUCGUGACAACAAGUCCAAUGCUGCAAAAAUUCAUGUCCAAGAACAGACGACCAUGUCAAAGUGUCCUCCUGCCCACCGGACCGCUCCUCCCUCUAUCGAGAAGAUGCGGUUACAUGCAAGGUCCAACCAGUCCCUGGAUUUGCCCUGCUCUCCUCUUCUCAGCCUGCGAGGGUCCCCACUCUGUUCCUCCCCACACCUUCCUUGCCAGAAAGCCUCACCAAUCUCCAGGCUACCUAAACAUCACUCCAGAUUCAGUGACAAAAUAGACUCUUUCUCCUUAAGUGGAACAUCCCCCGAGGCAAUAGAGACAAACAUAAGCGGUACAGGAGAUGGAUGGAUGCAUGGAUGUCCGAUCCAACAGCGAUUGUCCUCAUCUCCUCAGUCCCCUCUGUCAAUGUCUCCCUGUCUCCAGUUGACAUCCACAAAGCUGCCAGCCAUCUCCCGUACUCCCCAUGUAUCAUUCCCUGAAGUCAACACCAGUCAUCACCUCCACUGUAGCUUCAGUCAGACAUCUAAUGUAUCUCAGUUUUCCCUGAGUCUGUCAUCUUUAUGCUCCAGUAGAAUUAAGCAAAGCCCAAUUACUCCACAGGCUGUUUGUCAGAAAACAGAGAAAGCACCCCAUUCAGACAAAGAUUCGACACAUUGCCACAUCUCAGGACCCAAUCGAAAGCGCACCCUCCCUUUGUCCAGUAGCUCUGAGGAGGAGGAAGAAGAGAGAGAGGAAAAAAAAGCAAGAAGGAAGCACCCUUCUAGAUUAAAACCUCGCAAGUUGCUCAACUCUUUCGCUGAGGUGUUGGCUGAAGGUGAGAUGAGCCAGGCGUUGUCCACCUCCUUCACAGUGUCAUCAAGUCAUUGGGAUGCUGAUGGGGAAGAUCAAGACAUGGAGGUUUUGGAGCUACCUGAUGUCUUACUCAACCCCAGUAAACUAUGUCAGCAAUUCAGCUCCGAACUAAGGAACAAGUUCAAGAAUCGCUUUAAAAUUAUGGAUGGUUACAACAAGCAGGGGAUUAAGGCUGUAGAGCAACAUGUCUCCUCUUUCAGCAUGCAACUUGGCAAACACAGGACUCAGCAGCUUGAAGCAGUCAAGGCAGUCCUCCUGGAUGAGCUCUACAAACUGGAGCAGGGGAACGCUGUGCUGAAUAGCAUGGAGAAAGACCUAAGUAUGUACUGGAAAAAGCAGUGCAUAUCUUUCCAAUCUUAUCGAGAGGAGGAAACCAAGAGUCAGGAGGUCUUGAAGAGAACCCUCCAGAAUGACGUGUGUCCAAGCUUGGAGUAUGAGGAGCGAUUGUUCACAUCCCAGAUGGCUCUGAUUAGGAAAGACUUAAAAACAAUUCAAGAGAGACUUCUCAAAAAGAUGCAAGAGGAGGAGUUUCAGAGUGUGAAGAGAAGUCUGCGCAGGCUGCUCUUCCCUGAUGGAGCACAUGACUGACUGUUCUUCCAGAGAUGUCGAUGCAUUAAGGUUCUGUAGGUCACCACAUAGUGCGAUGUUAUGUUUAUGAUGUAUGAUGUUCUUUUCGGUAUGUUUAUAUGGUAUUAGUUAAAUGUAAACUGUCCUCAUUCUGACAGAAGUUGUAAAAUUCUGCAUUUUCAAUUAACAAUUUUAAU